UUUGUAUAUAUAAAUCCACCAGCUCUCUUCCUUUUUCCUUCCUCCCUCCACCACUUCUCCACCCAUUUGAGCAUCAAAAGCACCAACGGCCAUCCUAUCGCCGCCGCAAUCCACCGCCCUCUCCACCGUUCAACAAUGAGAUCUGCCGCCUUAUUCUAUACGGGGUGUGAGGAUGACCAUUACCAGCCUCAUUUUCUCGAUUCUUGCUUUUUUUGCCACAGAACACUGGGCCAUAACAAUGACAUUUUCAUGUACAGAGGGAACACACCAUUUUGCAGCCAAGAGUGCAGACAAGAACAGAUUGAGAUAGAUGAGGCCAACGAGAAGAAAUGGAAGCUCUCUUCAUCAAAGAAAUCAACUUCUGUAAGAAAAACUACGGAUUCUGCUAAAGAAUUCGACUCCAAGAAAGAUGUGAGGACAGGGACAGUUGCUGUUUCUUAAGACAAAACAUUAAAAUCAAGAAACUUACUCAUAAAAUCUUGAUUUUCCAAGGCUCACAUCAUGUAAAGAAAUGAUGGGUACAACAAGGAAAGAAGAUCCAUCACACAAUUUUGAGUAUUUUCUUGUAUUUUUUUUCACUUUUUCUUUUUCAGUUUCCAUGUGGGCUUUCAGUGUGUGUACAUUUGAGGAGCAUAAAUAUUGUAUACAUGAGAAAUAAAUGUGUCUAAUUAAUGAUAAACCUUAAAAUUAAUGUUUUGAUUAAUCUAUGAUUUGAGCUUUUGAAUAGGAAUAUGUUUUUAUUGUA